AGAGUGGAACGAGGAGCUUCGCGCGACUGCUGUUCCCCUGAUAUCGUAGCCGUCGUCGCCGCAAACUCGCCGGACGGAUGGACGAUAAUCGAGUCAACGGUGAAGGUUUUCGGAAGGGAAAGCGUUUUCGAGGGAUCGUGCGAGAGAGAAGAGAGGAAAGCGAGCGAGCGUGACGGAGAUAGGGUGAGAAAGAGGCCAGAGGCUGACCGAGGCGGUGGCGGCGGCGGCGGCGGCGGCGGCGACUGGGACUGGAGCGUGUGUAUUUACCGUCUGAUUUAGUUUCGCCCGUAUGUAUGUACUUUGCGGGGCAGGGGUGCGGAGAAGCGGGCGCGUUCGACGUUUAUGCGCCGCCGAAGCCCAAGCUAUUCCAUUACGAGCGGAGAAAAGAGUUUAUGAAUGAAGAGGAUGCGAAGGAUAGUUUCCGGAAGCCGGCCAGCUCCGUGCAGUAAUCGUAGAACGGAUCGGGUGCGCUUUGUUGCGUAAAAAGGCUGGCCAGCCGUGCGCCAAGCAUAUAUGAAUAUCAGGCUCGAGCGAACGUGAGGAGGUUAUCGGCGUGUUUUAAUGCCUGGAAAUUAGGCUUCGUGGAAAGAUCGCGACUACGCGGGAGCGCGCAUGCGCGUGCCUCUUUGAUCCAGCGAAUCGAAACGGAAUGGAAUCGGAACGGUCUUCGCGACUUUCUUCGCCAUGCGAUCAAACGUCAAACACCAUGGUGUCACGUACUCGUAUCUUUUUCCUCGCCUUUGACUUUUCGUAUACACACAUGCACGUAUAUGGAAAACGUAUCGCGAAUGACGUAGUACUACGUUCGAUAGAUGGUGUGGAGUUUCGAGAAGACGUAAAGCUACGUCAACGGACUGGAACGGCAGAUCGCAGUUACGGCGUCGUUUGGAAACGAGUUCGCGAUGCCAAAACAGCUGCGUUCACCAACGUGGGUGCAGAAGCUUCGGAAGGGCAAUUGCUUUGAAUGCGCGACAUUUCUUACUAGCUUGCUACUAGGUCAAGGAUAUAAUGCGUUCGUGGUAAGUGGUUACGCAUCCAGAGAACAAACGCUAUGCGAUUUGACAAGAAGGUCGUGCCCCUAUAUACUGCAACCGGAAAAACAUACUAAACGAAAGCCGGAAGAGCAACAACCUAAGAUUACCAAGUAUGAACUUAAGCUACCUAUAGACUAUAAAAGUCAAUUUUUAUCAGAAUUAGAAGAAGAAAAGGCGAGGAAGUUAGAAGAGAAAUUAAUUUUCGACGAAAAAGAACAACAAAAAUUGAUCGAAGAAUUAGAGCAGCUUCCACCAGAUGAGCAUCGGGGACAUAGAAUACAUGCUUGGGUAGCGAUAUUGCCAGAGUUAGGCGGAGUAAGGGACCAGGAGAUUCCUUACCCACUUUUUAUCGAGUCUACCACGGGGGUAUCCUUCGAGGCCACUGACGAUGACACAGCUCAGUUGUACUUGGGCGUAGAAAGCAUAUGGAACGAUAAGAAUUAUUGGGUAAAUAUGCAGUCAUCCGUAAAAUCGUGCGUAAACAUAGUGUGGGAUUUAAUGAAAGUGGAACUGUGGGAACAUUUGCUCCCCGGAGAACCGUGGACAAUGCAUGGAGUAGGAGAAGAGAUCGAUGAGGAGUCUGAUGUGCAACCAGAGAAACACUUGGAUAUGCCAUUCUCAUAUGUAGAUCCAAUAAAAAUUAGCGAAGCAGAAUUUGAAAAACGGUUCCCAAAUGGUACAAAAACGAUACUUUAUAAGAAAACAAAAGUUGAACUCUUUGCUCCGUAUCUUCAACUGGAUGGCGUAGUACAAAGAAUUACGAUAUAUAAUGAUUACGAUUACACGACUCCUAUAGAAAUAUAUGAAACUUAUGCAAAUAGAUCUGACAAUCUCGUGGAAUCACGGAGAAAUAUAAAUGACAAUACAGUUAUAGAUUAUUAUAGAAGAGGCCGAGCAGAUCAAUGUAAAGAACAUCGAUACUUUGUUGAUGCUUCCAAUGAGAUAGAUAGCGAGCGAAUUUUAGAUUUUUAUCACGUUCCACGUUUCGAUGGUCUAUCUAAAUUCGAAAUGAACCCAAGCUACCUAACGCAACACUUUGUCGGUCGCGAUGACUUCCUGUAUUACCGGCACGUGCAAUUCUCACAAGAUAGGAAGACCUCUGCUCCGCAAGAUAUUCAUUACCGACAUAUAUUGAAUAUUGUCGAGAAAUUUAAUAGAGACGAACGAAUAAAAGCGAGCAGAAACAUAGCAAUUCGUGAAUUCGCCAUUAGUGAGAAUGAAAUACGUCUUACGUAUCAUUAUCAUUCAGGACAAUUUACCAGAGCUAUACGAACAUAUAUAAAGCCACCAUUAGCAGAAAGGGGAGAACGAUUGAUUCUCGAUCCAUCAAUGAUGCAUGGAUAUACUCCUCUAGAUGAAUCUGAAAAAUCCCUAAAUUUAUUAUACGAGCUAGAGACACAACUGUAUGAAGAGGACGUAUCUAUAUCUCAAGUUAGAGCGGCGGAAAAGGAAUUAUGUGCUUUUCUCGAAACAAGGGACAAGGAAUACUUGAUGCCAACGCUAUUAAUAUCUGUAUAUGAUAAACUGAGAGAAUCAAAAUCCUUGAUAGAAACAUUAGUGAGAACCAAGAGUGAGAAAGAUAUCACGGAGGAUGUAAAUUACUUGAAACCGUAUUUAGCUCGUUUAGGAAAUCCACCGGAACUAUCAAAGAUUGACGCACAGUUCAUACAAUAUACAUGUCUUAAUGAUUACAAACAGUUACUUAUGCGCAGAGCGAAUAAGAUCUUACGUGAGUUUGACGAAUGCUCGCAGGAAUUAAUGAAAACGCAGGCAUUGAUAACACAGGAAGGAGAUUUAACCCGCGAAGAAGAAGAAGAAAUAUUAGAAAAAAUUAAUGAAUUAAACUUUUACUUACAAACGUUAGAAACCAGAUUAGAUCGCCAUAGAGAUUUAGUUCCUAUAAGAUACAAAAUGUUGCUGCAUCAUUUACAACAAAAUCCGCAUCUUACGGUACUUAAAGGUGAUAACUAG